GUGACUUUGAAGUUCGAACGUCACGUCAAACUUCAAAUAAAUAUUUCAUUUUCAGUUUCAAACUGUUCGCAGCUAGAGAGGCUCGAGCAGGGCGAAUUUAUGUGAUAUUUUUAAUUUUUAUUUGUAAAAAUAGUUUAUUUUACCAAUUAUGGCGUCGUGUUUGAGAGUUGUUCGAAAGGGCAGUAAAUCGAAGAGUUUGCUCUUCAGCGAAAUACAAUCGAGAUGUUUCCACGUGUCCCCUUUGACUGCUGCUUCUUCGAAAGUUGCCAUGAGCAAAUUCGACGAAGAUCCCCUACCUUACCCGAAACUCGUCAAAAACCUGGAAGUAGUGAAAAAGAGAUUGGGAAAGCCCUUAACACUCGCUGAAAAAGUCCUCUAUUCACACAUCGAUCAACCUGAAACGCAGGAAAUCGUAAGAGGCCAAUCGUAUUUGAGGCUGCGCCCCGACAGGGUGGCCAUGCAAGACGCCACCGCUCAAAUGGCAAUGUUGCAAUUCAUCUCGAGCGGUUUGAAGAGAGUGGCUGUGCCCAGUACGAUUCACUGCGAUCAUCUCAUCCAAGCCCAAAAGGGGGGCGAUAAGGACCUGGCGAGAGCCAAAGACACCAACAAAGAGGUGUACAGUUUCUUGGCAUCGGCCAGUAACAAGUACGGAGUGGGUUUCUGGAAACCCGGCUCGGGUAUUAUCCAUCAAAUUGUGUUGGAAAAUUACGCUUUUCCCGGCCUACUUAUGAUCGGUACUGAUUCGCAUACGCCCAACGGUGGAGGUUUGGGUGGUCUUUGCAUCGGAGUCGGUGGGGCCGAUGCCGUAGAUGUCAUGGCUAAUAUCCCAUGGGAGUUGAAAUGCCCGAAGGUUAUUGGAGUGAAGCUAACCGGAAAAUUAUCCGGCUGGACUUCCCCUAAGGAUAUCAUAUUGAAAGUAGCCGAUAUUCUAACGGUUAAAGGUGGUACCGGAGCUAUUAUCGAAUACCACGGACCCGGUUGUGAUUCGGUUUCUUGUACCGGCAUGGCGACCAUUUGCAACAUGGGCGCGGAAAUCGGCGCUACGACCUCCAUUUUCCCCUUCAACGAAAGAAUGUACAAAUAUUUAGCCGCCACUAACCGAACGGGCGUCGCCGAAGAAGCUAAGAAACAACAAAAAGUUCUUCUCAGUCCCGAUCAAGGGGCGGAGUACGAUCAAUUGAUCGAAAUCAACCUGGAUACUCUGGAGCCGCACGUCAACGGUCCAUUCACGCCGGAUUUGGCGAGUCCCAUUAGCAAAUUGGGCGAGAACGCCAAGAAGAACAAUUGGCCGCUCGAUAUUAGAGUGGGGUUAAUCGGUUCGUGCACAAACAGCUCUUACGAGGAUAUGGGCAGGUGCGUCAGCAUAGCCAAAGAAGCCAUGAGUCACGGCAUCAAAUCCAAGAUUCCUUUCAACGUUACCCCAGGAUCGGAACAAAUCAGAGCUACCAUCGAAAGGGAUGGAUAUACGGAUGUUUUCAACGAAUUUGGUGCAACUGUAUUAGCCAAUGCAUGUGGACCGUGCAUCGGGCAAUGGGACAGACAAGACGUGAAAAAAGGCGAGAAGAACACCAUCGUAACCUCAUACAAUCGUAAUUUCACCGGUCGCAACGACGCCAAUCCCGCUACUCAUUGCUUCGUUACAUCACCCGAACUCGUAACGGCCCUAAGUAUCGCCGGAUCAUUGGAAUUCAAUCCGUUGACCGACGAAUUGUUGGGCAAAGACGGGAAAAAAUUCAAACUAUCGCCGCCGUUCGGCGACGAAUUGCCCAGCAGAGGUUUCGACGCGGGCGAAGACACCUACGUUCAUCCGGUAAAAGAUGCAUCCGGUGUUAACGUUGACGUCGAUCCGAAAUCCCAGAGGCUCCAAUUAUUGACGCCCUUCGAUAAAUGGGACGGCAAAGAUUUGGAGGAUAUGACUAUAUUGAUUAAGGUUAAAGGGAAAUGUACGACCGAUCACAUUUCGGCCGCCGGACCUUGGUUGAAAUACCGAGGACAUUUGGAUAACAUUUCCAACAACAUGUUCAUAACCGCCACCAACGCCGAAAACGGUGAACUCAACAAAAUCAAAAACCAAACGACCGGCCAAUACGGAGCCGUGCCCGACGUGGCCAGAGACUACAAAUCCAAAGGGAUCAAAUGGGUGGCGAUCGGCGACGAAAACUACGGCGAGGGCAGCUCUCGAGAGCACGCCGCUUUGGAGCCGAGACACCUCGGCGGCAGGGCCAUCAUCGUCAAGUCGUUCGCGCGCAUCCACGAGACCAAUUUGAAGAAGCAGGGCAUCCUGCCGCUGACGUUCGCCGAUCCCAGCGACUACGAUAAGGUGCAGCCCACCGAUAAAGUGUCGCUGAAGGGAUUGAAAGGUCUGGCGCCCGGCAAACAGGUCGAGUGCGUGUUGAAACACGCCGACGGUUCGGUGGAUAAGAUCAAACUCAACCAUUCGUUGAACGAACCUCAGAUAUCUUGGUUCCAUGCGGGCAGCGCGCUCAACCGCAUGAAGGAAUUAGCUAAAUAAUAUUAGUUUGUAUGAUUUUGUUUUAAUGUUUAUGGGGAAAUGAACCGUUCAACGAGCGUAAAGUUUGCUACAGGUGUUGUAGUGCAAACGACAAUAGGAAACGUUUAUUAGUAAAUACAUUUAAGUUUAAUUACAAAACAAUCUUGUAUAAUAAUAAUAACGUGUAAUAUUUAUUUGCAAAUAGAGAUUUCAACAAAA